CAUGACAAUACUACAUCCUAAAAAAUACAGUUCAUUAUAAACUCUAUGUUAGAAUACGAUCAAGAUAAAAGAAUUGGCUGGGCAGAUUUAUAUAAGUUAUUUGAUGAAAUCUGAAUAUCACAAAAAGAGAUUAAAUAUAUCCAUGUGA